AAAAUCUUUUUUUCGCGGAAUUUUGAAAAAUGCUUCAAAUAAAAGUUGUAGGUACUGCUAUUACAUGUAAAAAAGAUCGUAUACAACGAAUGCGAGCCACGUGAAUUCGCGCGAUUCACCGUAAGCGAUUUUCAAUGACGAUCGGGAGUCGAGUAUCGCUGAGCCAUGACAAGAGAACUAGACGAGGUUGCGACAGCUGCCUCAGCCACGUAGAGAUGAAGACGGGCCAAGCUGAAACUGGGAGAUGUGGGAUCAGCUGCCGGAGCUGAUACUGACGCAGAUAUUCAGCCACCUCGGUCGCGGGGACCGUGCCAAUGUUGCACAAGUCUGUCAAUCGUGGAACCGUGCGCUCGCCUCGCCGGUUCUCUGGCGUUCCGUCACAGUCCUCAUCGAUCGUGAUCUGCGUGGUGACUUCCCGCUGGCGGGAGAACUAGCCGCGAAAUAUGGACAGCAUAUGCGAAGCCUGGAACUGGCCUGGUCCCGACCGUACAUCUUGCCAAGAGAAGCUCGCAUCACUCGUAACAUUCAAGCCGAAGCUGGCGCCGACUUCCUCACGGUCGUCAGAGCCAAGAACGUGCAGUUGAAGAAACUCAUACUCACCGAUUGGAUCUUCAGCUGCAAAUGGGGCAACAGGGGGAAGCUGUUGUACGCCCUCGCCAACUUCUUAGGCUGUCAGCACAACUUAGAAACACUGAGCCUGCUGAACGCGAAUCUGGGAGUUAGCGACGUGCUCCGGCUUCUCGCCAGCGUUUCCAGAGGCUCGAACGAGCACCUGACGUACCUCGACCUUCGAGGCGCGUUCCGCGAAUGGCAGGCACCCCAUAGUAAUCCAAGAUAUCUACGUCUGCUCGGUCGAUUUCGCGCGUUAACGAUACUCCGGCUCGAUUAUCCGGCGCUGUCCGAUCAGACCCUCAACGCUUUGACCAACGCGGCGCCGAAAGUACUGAAAACGCUGCACAUAUCGGUGAGGGACUCGGAUUCGAGGCACCACACGAUCGCCGACACCGCCUGGCACGAUUUGGUCCUCGUUUGCCCGGAGCUGACGGUUUCUUAUACUCUAGUUAACAUCUCCCAUUACGAGGACAUGUGCUACUUGCUGCUGCCCAGCGUGCCUUUGGCCAGGUUUCAAAUGUUCAGCGGCCACGUCUGGGAUCAGAGUAGAUCGCGCAAUUUCCGAAGCACUGUCGGACUGCUUAUUACUCAUUACACCAACACGCUCGCGGAGGUGAUGUUGCAAUUGAGAAACAAUCGCGAGAUGCUCGACGAUUUACUCGUCUCUAUGCUUGUACGCUGCAAACACCUAACGAGAUUACAGUACGACGGUAUAAUAAGAAGUCUUGAUACCCUGCGUGAUAUCUGUCAGCUUCAGGCUGAAAGCAAGACCCGUUUCCGUACGAUCCACGUGAAACCGCGCAACGUUAAUGCUCGGAACCGCGGAAUAUUGAACGACAUCAAUUAUCAUUUCGAUCACAAGAUGAUGGAUCAAGGAGUAGAUUUUCGUAUCGAGGACCCGGCCUCGGUUCUGGUGUUCUACUAAAACACGGAGAGUUCUCAGCUGUCCACCGGUAUCUGUCCCACUCGCGUCUCUCUCAAAGACAAAAAGAGAAAAAAAAAAUAAUAAAACUAUAUUCGCCCUGAUUUUGGUGCGACUCAUUCUUUUUUUUUUUUGGUCCAUUUUUGAUUGUAUACGUUUAUUUUGAUAAGUAGAGUCGUUUAUCCUUUGUUAAACACUUUUUACAGAACAUAAACCAGUCUUAUCGGAUUUGCUUGGUUUUUAUAAUUAUACAAGAUAAUAUUUAAGCGCCGCAUUGUGUUCACUCUUUCUUCCCGAUAACCGAGAAUUGUUCGACAGAUAAUAAAGAUUUAAGGAAUAAAUUCACAGUA